GCUAACAGUUGGUUCACAAGUGCGCUUUCAUCAAACAAAAUGUCACGAUACGCUCUUUUUUAUAUUGUCUUUCUGAUUUGGCCGUACUGUGUGGUGUUUGCUUGUGACAACAUUGUCGUAGAGACUAAUUCUGGUAAAAUUUCUGGUGUUACGCAAACGAAUCCGUCAGGGGAUACAUUCUGUGCCUUUAAAGGAAUUCCAUAUGCUAAACCCCCUGUUGGUGCGCUCAGAUUCAAAGACUCUGUACCCAUUGAACCUUGGGAUGGCGUUUUUGAAGCCAAAGAGAAAGCUCAACACUGCCCUCAACUAAAUUUAAUUGUCAAAGUUGUCGAUGGAAAAGAAGACUGUUUGUAUUUGAAUGUAUAUUCUCGAAGGGUCGAUCCCAAUUUGAAACUCCCGGUUAUAUUUUUCAUACAUCCGGGAUUUUUCAUUUACGGCGCCGGAGAUGAGCAAUUUUUCGGUCCUGAUUUUUUCAUGAUGCGUGAAGAUAUCAUGUUCGUAACAUUCAACUACAGAUUAGGCAUUUUAGGAUUUUUGGAUUUAGAGGAUGAGGAAACUCCUGGUAAUAUGGGUUUAAAAGAUCAAGUGCUCGCAUUGAAAUGGGUACGCGAAAAUAUUGCCAGUUUUGGAGGGGACCCAGACCAAAUCACACUCUUUGGUCAAAAUGUUGGAGCUGUUUCAGCACAUCUCAUGGCAUUUUCUCCAAUGACUAAAGGACUUUUUAAUAAAAUCAUUCUUCAAAGUGGCUCCAUUUUUAAUCCCUGGGCUUUGAUUGCCGAACAACCUAAGCAAGUUGCUUAUAAAUUUUGCGAAAAAUUGGGGAAAUCGGUAUCAAAUUCUCAAGAAGUUUUAGAAUUUCUCAUGUCCCAGGAAAUCCAUACUUUGAUCGAAACUCAAGAUGCACUCUAUCCGGUAGAAAUCGUUGCUCGAGGUAUUCUACCUUUUGGUCCAACUAGUGAUUCUGAAGCUAAAAAUCCGUUUAUGCCUGAUGAGCCAUUAGUAGAUGCUGAACAGGGUAUUGAUUUACCAAUGAUAAUUGGACAUAAUAAUCGUGAAGCCAUAAUACUUUUGGCUCGUAUGGGUCACAAGUUUGAUAAGUUCAAUGACGACGACUUUAGCAAAUUCUUGCACCCCGAAACAGUACGUGCGAUACAAAAAUAUGGUCUAACUGCUAAUGACUUGAAGAAAAUGUAUUAUGGAGACGAUGAGAUAAGUCGUGAUAAUCACGGUCAACUGAUUGAUCUUUUUAGUGAUCUUUAUAUAAUUGAUGGUGUCCAUAAAAUAAUAAAAUUGCAAACGCAGAAAAGUAGCAAACCAACAUACUUUUACCAAUACUCAUUCGACAAAGGCUUUUCUCCAGUGAAAUUCUUCACUGGCAGUCAUUUACAGGGAGCUGCUCACGGAGAUGAAUUAACUUCAGAGUUUAGAAUAGUAAUCGUAGAAAAGCUGCUUCAUAAAUUUUUAAAACAAGAUACCCCAUCUUGGAAGCUGAUGGAGCAAAUGGUUAAUAUGUGGGUCAACUUUGCUGUUACAGGAAACCCUACACCCUCUACAUCUGAUUUAUUACCCGUUGAAUGGAAACCUGUGAGCGAUGCUAGCAAUUUAGAUUAUAUGGCUUUGGAUGAAACUUUAGAAAUGAAAACAAUGCCGAACAUCGAAAAACUAUUUUUGGAUUCAAGUUCAAAAUCAUAAUUAACUGUCAAUCUGAUUCACACCUACUGGCUAGUCUUGUAUUUAUGAUUUACUCAUACUUAAUAGAUUACAGAACUUUUUUACGAGCACUGUUGGAACCAAUAAAAAUUAAUUGACAAA